AUGCAGCAGCACGAGUUUUGUUCCGGUUCUUUCCUCGAAGGGGAGAGCUGGGCCCAUUUCCACGGCCCUGACGUGCCCGACGUCGCGGCCGGGUACCCGCCGGAGUACGCUGGCUUCAGCAUCACCGGGAAGCUCCCGCCGGGGCGCGACGGCAGCCUCCCGGCCCGCGGGGGACGCCGUGGGCUACACAUGCGCUCGCUCAGCGACGGCAGGGAUGCCGCCCGCUUUCUCGUCUCCCGGAGGCGGACCCAAAGUGUGGGCGUGGCCACGCGGGCGGAUGACGGGGACGUGGAGGACGACAAUAGGAGCGAGGAUGCCGCUUCGGAUGAGGCACCAGAUCACAGAGGAAUUUUCCAUCCCGACUUGGAUUUGGACGAGGACCCGGAAUGGAACACGGACCUCUCGGGCCGCCGUCUUUCCUGGGGCGCGGACGAGGCGUCUUCCGCCUACGGCGCGGCCGAGGUCUUGCAGCGGCGUCUGUCGCGGGUGAGGACAGAGCUGGCGCGGGCUGACACGCGGCUGCUAUGCGAGCGCGCCCACUCGCAGCAUUUGUCACGCGAGCGGCAGGAAGUGGCGGAGAAGGAGCGCUCGCUGAGCCGGCAGGUGGACGUCGCCGUCACCGUCAUCGCUGCCCUCAAGGAGCAAAUCAACGCUUCUGAAAACGAGCUGGAAUGGCGAGAGAGGCAGGUUCUGACCAUCCAGAAGUUUCUGGAAGCAGCCGUGCGCCAGGAGACCAGCGGCAAAGUUCGGAUCCAGCGCUUUAUCGAGAACUUGCUGAGACGCAUCGCGCUGGCCGAAAUGCUCCUGGAGGACUACCAGGUCCCCGAAUCGAGUGCAAAUACGCUUCAUACCCAGCGACAGACGCCGAGCGACCGCGACAAACCUCAGAGAAUCACCAAGAGCAGGUCAGCGGGAUGUCAGCUGUCAUCCGGUCUCCAUGGCAACAACGCACCUUCGUCCCGUCCUCCGUUGGGGGACCCGCGCGACCUGCGUGAGCGUCUGGCGCGGUCGUCUCGUCUCUUCUGCCGACCCGAACAUCGCGACGACAUCUGGAACCAGCGUCAGCGUUCGGCGGGGUACGAAGCCUAA